GAGAAUCACAUUGAGAGUCUGUGACGUGUUACGCACGCCCCACCCCCUCCUACGUCCUGCGGCCAUUGUUCGGCGUGAGCUAGCUGAUGUGCUAAAGGCUAACCAAGCAUACAAAGAGGUCUAACUUUAGUUUCCGCUCACAUCGAACUGUUUGAAUCACCAGAGGACAUCUGAGAGGUUGUCACGUCAACGAUGAGCAAGAGGAAAGCGCCGCAGGAAUCUCUCAAUGAGGGAAUAACAGACUUUCUUGUCGAGCUGGCCAACUACGAGAAAAAUGUCAACAGGGCCAUACACAAGUACAAUGCUUACAGGAAAGCAGCAUCUACCAUUGCCAAGUACCCUAACAAGAUCAAGAGUGGUGAAGAGGCCAAGAAACUGGAUGGUGUUGGAGCUAAAAUAGCAGAAAAGAUUGAUGAGUUCUUACAAACUGGGAAACUGCGCAAACUGGAAAAGAUCAGAAAUGAUGACACCAGCUCUUCCAUCAAUUUCCUCACCAGAGUCACUGGAAUUGGCCCUGCUGCUGCCAGGAAGUUUUUUGAAGAAGGGGUGAAGACAUUAGAAGAUCUGAAAAAGAUCGAGCACAAACUAAACCAUCAUCAGCAGAUUGGACUCAAGUAUUUUGAGGAGUUUGAGAAAAGGAUCCCUCGUGCUGAAAUGGAAAAGAUGGAGACUUUGAUUCUUGGAGAGUUGAAGAAAAUUGGUAAAGAAUAUAUUGGAACAAUCUGUGGAAGUUACAGGAGAGGUGCUGCAUCGAGUGGUGAUAUUGAUAUUUUGCUGACACAUCCAAACUUCACCUCUGAGACUGAGAAACAGCCGAAGCUCCUCCACGACGUGGUCAAUCAUUUGGAGUCCAUUGGGUUUGUGACCGAAACUCUUUCCAAAGGAGACACCAAGUUCAUGGGAGUCUGCCAACUGCAGCAGAGUGGUGAUGAUGAUGAUGAGGAGGAGGAUGAAGAAUACCUACACAGGCGUAUUGAUAUCAGGUUAAUUCCUAAGGACCAGUACUACUGUGGAGUCCUGUAUUUCACUGGAAGUGAUAUCUUCAAUAAAAAUAUGAGAACUCAUGCUCUGGAGAAGGGUUUCACUCUUAACGAGUACACCAUCCGACCACUUGGGGUCACUGGUAUGGCUGGGGAGCCUCUUCUGGUGGAUAGUGAGAGAGACAUCUUUGAAUACCUCCAGUACAAAUACAGAGAGCCAAAGGAACGCAGCGAGUGAAGUUGAAGUUUCAUCUGUAUUAAAAGCUACAAGAUCAGAAGCAUGUGUACACAAAGUGCGUGUUAGUCUUUCAUAUACCAUUCAACAAUGUUAUUGAAAUGAAAACAACUUUGAACGUCAUUUACUCACUUGUUCUGGACAUUUUUUAAUCUUGUUUUUCUCCGUAGUCAUGUAUGAAAGCUUAUGGGCUUUGAAACAUUUUCAGCAAGUUUUUAAAUAAUGCUCAACUGUAAUUUAUUUUGUUUACAUAACCUGGAAGGAUCAGUCUUAAGGAGAUGUGUAAUACUUUGGCUUGGUUGUGAAAAUGUGGUUUAAUGUGUAGUUAUUACACAUGCAAAUGAGAUCGCUACUAUAUCUUUAGUAGUUUUGUAAAAUCUCUUUUACCAUGGAAAUAAUGUGUAUGGGGGGGGGUGUUAAACAUGUAUUAUUUAUCUUUCAUUUUGGGCUAGUUAAAAAAUAUGGGUGAAAAAUGUGUAGUAUAUUGUGCAGUUUCUUUUUCUAGUGACAAAUUUUGGACAAAUUAGGAGGAUACACAUCUUCUCAGGUUUUGAUUGAUAUGUGAAAAAGACUGUUACAUGUUGUACGAGUUUGUGUGGAAAAGGAUUUCGUGUGAGGAAUUGUGUGAUCCAGUUUUUGGGCAGGCAUUUUAAACCAGUAAAUGAAAGUGAAACAGCUAACAGGCGACAGGAACGCAGCUACAGAGUAACUUGUGGUAUAUAUUUUAAUCUGUUCCACAAAACCUGAAUGUUAGGAUUAGGACUUGAAGUCAGUUUUUACUGUGAGUGAUUGCAUUUAGUUCAGAAAGUAUUUAAGAAAAAACUAUGUCAAAGAGUGGGUUUGUUAACAUCUUUUUAUAAAUUAGUAAAAUAAAUGGGUUGGUAAAAUGA